AUGGUCGGCGUUAAGCCAACUCCCCGUCUCCCUCCGCCAGGGAAGGCCGGGAUUCGACGACCUCCAGUCGAGCGCCUGGCAAGCUUGAAAAGACCUAAUCCUACUCCGAUCCGUCGACCGCAGUCAAUACAUGUCCCCCAGAAUCAGCAGCAGCAGCAGCAGCAAAAGUCGAACACUACAGUCCCCCCUAAAACGUCGAAGUGUCCAAACCCCAGCUGUCCAGAUCCAAAUAUAGUAGAAGACGAUGGGCAGAAGGUUUGUGCUGGGUGUGGUACCGUCAUCAGCGAGUCCAAUAUCGUGUCUGAAGUCACAUUCGGCGAAGCUUCAUCCGGAGCUGCCAUUGUUCAGGGUACCUUUGUCGGUGCGGACCAGAGUCACGGACGCAGCUUCGGGCCAGGAUUCCAACGGGGCGGAAGAAUAGAAAGCAGAGAGAUUACAGAGCAGAAUGGAAAUCGAUACAUUGCACAGCUCUCACGGGCCCUAAACAUCCCGGAGAGUGCCUCCAAGGCCGGAGGACAGGUUUUUAAGCUUGCGGUCGGAUUGAAUUUCAUCCAGGGGCGUCGGACGAAGACAGUGGCUGCAGUUGCUCUGUACAUUGCCUGUCGACGUCAGGAUGGAAACACAGUCAUGUUGAUCGAUUUUGCCGAUGUACUCAUGAUCAAUGUCUUCAAACUUGGUAGGGCAUAUAAAGCGCUACUUGACGAGUUGAGGCUAGGAGGGAACCAUUUCAUCAUGAAUCCAAUCGAUCCAGAGAGCCUGAUUUACCGUUUUUCGAAACAACUAGAAUUCGGCCCUGCCAUGAUGCAGGUUGCCAGUGAGGCAGUCCGGAUUGUCCAGAGAAUGAACCGCGACUGGAUGAUCACUGGUAGACGGCCCGCUGGCAUCUGUGGUGCCGCUCUCAUCCUCGCUGCACGAAUGAACAACUUCCGCCGUACCGUUCGUGAAGUAGUCUAUGUCGUCAAGGUGACAGAGCUGACCAUUCACCAACGACUAAACGAGUUCAAGGCGACAGAAAGCGGUGGUUUGACCGUUGAUGAGUUUCGCUCAGUUCAAUUGGAGACCUGCCAUGACCCGCCGUCAUUCUCUCACUCCAAGGACAAAAAGGCGGCGGUACAAGGUAAAAAACGAAAAGCGACCGAAAUAGAAGGCGGAGCUGAUGCAGGACAUGAUACACCGCCUGUCCAAGCGGAGGCUUCCACAGCCCAUAAACAAGUUUCUACCCGGGUUGAUGCAGACGGGUUUGCCAUACCUGAAAUCCCGAUUGACCCAGCUUUGCUGGCAUCCGGCAAGAACAAUGAAUCGUCUGGUAAUUCAGGCAUAGUUGAAGAGCCCGAUCUGAACAGUAAUGGGAAACGUAUCCGGCCCAAGGGUAGUAAAAGCGCUCCUUACCCCGAACCGACAGAAUCCGAGCUGGCCUCGGAAUCUGCUUUAGAAGACGAAAUGACAGCCCUUCUAUCUUCAAAUUCUGAUCUGGUCGCCAGUACCACUAAGCCAGAGGCGACGGCAACUAAUACCGAAACAACUAAAUCGACCACUACUACCGAUGGUAACAACGAAAGCGACCGGGUUGUCGAGCCUAGCGCAGAUACGGAUACUGCCUCUACAACACCGUCCAAACCUCAACAACCCGUAUCCUCAGAUGCUGAAAUUAAUCCUCUGGAAUUUGACGAUGACCCAGAAGUCCAAUUCUGCCUGCUCUCUCCUGCUGAAGUAGAGAUCAAGGAACGUAUCUGGGUUCACGAAAAUAAAGACUAUUUACGUACCCAGCAAGCAAAAGCACUCCGAAAAGCCCUUGCCGAGGCUGGAUCAGAUGCCUCAAGACCGGGUGGCCAUCGACCUCGAAAACGCCGCAAAGGCCGAAUGGGAGACGUCACUUAUCUAUCAGGCGAAGGAAAGAAUGCGGACGGCGAAUCCGUGGCUGGAUCCCGCGCCUCGACACCAGCAGAAGCAACAAGGCUCAUGCUUGAGAGACGCGGGUUCAGCAAAAAAAUCAACUACCAGCUCUUCGAGCAAAUGUACGGCGAUGAUGACGAGGCCGCAAACGAAGAAGGCGGAAAUAUCAUCACAGCCAAGAAGAAAGAUAACAGCGAAAGCGAAAAUGGUCGACGAAGUAGAAGCCGAAGUGUCAGCGUCAGCCGAAGCGUUCGCGGCUCAAGCACGGUCUCUGAACGAGGUAUAUUCGGUGGACGAGCGUCGGGGAACAGAUCGAAAUUACUGAAACCGAUUCGAACCCCGGUUACAUCUACAAUGAAGAAAUCUGCCGCUCCAGCCGCGAUACCAGCCUCGACCGGUGCGGCUAACAAGACUAGUAGUGAGCCCACGGACGCUGCGGCAGAUACGGAACCGACACCAAAGAAAACACAACCGCCGACAUCUAUAGCUCCAAGGGUGACUAAACCGGUAGAACAGGCCUCCGCGCCAGAGAAGGCUACGGACCCCAGUGAGGAGAUUCUGGGUUACUUACCUGAUGCCGAAGAGGAUGAGUUACCGCCUGGAACAGCAGAUGUCGAUGAGGAGGAUGACGAAGAGGAGGAGGAGGAAGAAGAGGAAGAGGAUGAUGGUGUUGAGGCUGCUUUCGCUGGGAACUAUUAUGACGAGGGCAGCGAGGGAGGGUAUGAUGACGAUUAUUUCUAA